AAAUAUUGCACAGUGUAAAAAAGCACUACAGCUCAGUUGUUCCCGCCCUCCUUUGUCCCCUGGUGGCGUGUGGAACAAAGGAGUUUUUAAGUCUGUUGGUUCUUGACUUUGGGAGAAGCAACCUGUCGCUGAAUAGGCUCCUCUCAACAACAAACCGAGAGAGUGGAGACUUCUACCACUGAUUUUAUGUGCUGUCCCUGGGUGUGUUUGUGAAAUCAGACAGCUGCAGUGAUAAUAUAAGGGUUCAGCAGCAAAAAUGGAUGAGAAGAAAAGGAAGCGAUCUACAUUCAGACAGUCAUCCAGUGAGACUGAAGCCAGUUCGCAGAUGAGUACUGCUCCAAGCAAGAUGUCCCUCAGGAGCAACAGAUCCAAGUUUGAGCCAGUCGGCUUUAAAGAUGAAAGACCAGUAACUGAGAAGCCAUCCACCUGUCCAGUUUGCAAAGAUGUUAUGAAGAAUCCAGUUCAGCUUAGCUGUGAACACUGGUGCUGCAAACUGUGUCUCAGCUCAGAGCUGGAUGAGUCUGAUUCAACAGCAGACUGUCCUUGUCCUCAGUGUGGGAAGAAAUCCAGGAAAACAUUAAAACAAGAGACAGACAAGGAGGGAGACACAGGUAAAAUUCAUCUUUUGGAGGCAAAGAAGAAAGCAAAGGAAGCAAUGAAAGAUAAAUUUUCCUCAGUCUCUGAAGGUAAUGGUGACAAGCCGAGUUCACUAAACAACAUCUACACAGAGCUUCAUAUAACCACUGGAGAGAGUGAAAGGUCACGUGAAGAGCAUGAAGCCAGGCUGCUCGAACAUAAACGGAUAAGACACACUUCAGAACAACAAAUAAUAAAUCUAAAUGAUGUGUUAAAACCGUUGCCUGGUCAAGACAAACCUCACAGAACAGUUGUGACAAAGGGCAUCGCAGGAAUUGGAAAAUCAUUUUCUGUGCAGAAAUUCAUUCUUGACUGGGCCAAAGAGAAGGAAAACCAGGAUGUAGACUUUGUUUUCAGUCUUGCUUUCAGAGAGUUGAAUUUGAUUACAGGUGAAAAAAGCCUUCAUGAGCUCCUGACUUUAUUUCACCCCACACUGUCCGAACUCAAAGAUUCAGUGGAUUAUACCAAAACCAAGAUUGUUCUGAUCCUUGACGGUCUGGAUGAAAGCAGGUUUCAGCUGGACUUUGAAGGCAGUGAGACAGUAUCAUCUUUCAAGGAAGUAACACCUGUGAGUAAUCUCCUAGCAAACCUCAUUCAGGGUAACCUUCUUCCUGAUGCAAACCUCUGGAUUACUUCCCGUCCAGCAGCAGCCAAUCAGAUCCCUGCAGAACAUGUUGACAUGGUGACAGAGAUAAGAGGGUUCAAUGAUCCUCAAAAAGCUGAAUACUUCAGGAGGAGAUUUAGUCAUGAUCCUGGUCUUGCUGAAAGGAUCAUUAAACAUAUUCAGGCUUCACAGAGUCUUGACAUCAUGUGUCAGAUCCCGAUCUUCUGCUGGAUUUCUGCAGUGUUAUUCCAGGAAGUCUUUGGAGGAGACACUGAAACUGAAAUUCCUCAAACUCUUACAGAGAUGAUGUCAUACUUCCUGUUUGCACAAACAAAGCGUAGAAACAGAAAAUAUGACAAGAAGGUUGAGACAAACAAAGAAAACCUUCUGAAAACACACAAAGAAUUUCUUCUGAAACUCAGCAAGCUUGCAUUUGAGCAGCUGCUGAAGAACAACCUCAUCUUCUAUGAGGAAGACCUGGAAGGCUUUGGCAUUGACAUUAAGGAAGCAUCCAUGUACUCUGGAUUUUGCACCACAGUUCUUCAGGAAGAAGAAAUUAUUUCCCAGAAAAAGGUCUUCUUCUUUGUACAUCUGACUCUGCAGGAGUUCUUUGCAGCUCUCCAUGUCUAUGACUGUUUCAUAAAUAAUGAUACCAGAGAGCUCGGCAGCUUCCUCGAUCUAAAGAGCCAAAAACAUACGUUACUUGAUCUUUUAAAGGUGACAGUUGACAAAGUGCUGCAGAAGAAAAAUGGUCACCUGGACUUCUUCCUGAGAUUCCUUCUUGGCCUCCUAGUUGAACCAAAUUGGAGAGUCCUUCAGGGUCUGCUGACUCCACCAGAUCGAAGUCAAGAUACUGACAAGAAAAUCUUGACUUAUCUCAAGUCUAUGCGAAGGAAGAACCUCUCUCCAGACAGCUGCAUCAACCUUUUCCAGACUAUGGUCGAGAUGAGAGAUCACAAAGUCAAAGAUGAGAUUCGGGAAUAUCUCGAACUGUCAGAUCGUUCAGAAACAGAGUUGACUCCCCUGUACUGCUCUGCACUGGCCUACAUGCUGCAGGUAUCAAAGAAGGAUCUGGAAGUCUUGGACUUAAAGAGUUACAACACAUCAGAUGAAGGCAGACGGAGGCUGAUACCAGCAGUGAGGAGCAGCAGAACGGCCUUACUAGCAGACUGUAAAAUGACUGAAGAGUGGGUUGAACAUCUGGCCUUUGGUCUCACCUUCCCCUUCUCGCCUCUACGACAUCUGGACCUGAGCAACAAUGACCUGAAAGAUUCAGGAGUGGAGCUGCUGUGUAAAGGACUGUCGAGUCAGUGCUGCAAACUGGAAACUUUGAGGUUAUCUGGUUGUCUGGUGACAGAAAAAGGCUGUGAGUUUUUGGCCACGUCUAUUAAGUCCAAUCCUUUUCAUCUCAAAGAGCUGGACCUGAGCUAUAACCAUCCAGGAGGAAUUGGGGAAAAGAAACUCUCUGAGCUGAAGGAUGAUCCACAAUACAAGCUCAGUGAACUCAAUUUUGAACAUGGUGGAAAUCACCGGAUGAAACCAGGAUUCAAGAAAUAUGCCUGUGAGCUCACUUUGGACCCAAGUACAGCUCACAAGAACCUGCUGCUCUCUGAAGGGGACAGAAAGGUGACCUGGGUGAAGGAGGAGCGGCCGUAUCCUGAUCACACAGAGAGGUUUGAUCGCUGUCAGCAGGUGCUGUGUGAACAGGGACUAAAAGGACGCUGUUACUUUGAGUUGGAGGUGUCAGAGCCCUUCUGUGUUGGGUUAACAUACAGAAACAUUGGCAGGAAAGGGGAUGUUGAUGCCUGCAAGCUGGGACACAAUGACAAGUCUUGGUGUCUGAUUUGCUCUGAUGAUGGUUGUUUUGUUUGGCACAACAAAGAGAAGGUCUGUGUAUCUUCUCAGUGUUUGCGCUCCAGUCGUGUCGCAGUGUAUCUGGAUUGGGAGGACAAAAGUUUGUCCUUUUACAGAAUUUCCUCUGGCAGUCUCAUCCACCUCCACACCUUCAAAUCAACCUUCACUGAUGUUCUCUACCCUGCUGUUGCACUUCACACUCAUUCCUCUGCACUGUUUUGUUAGGUAACAUUAAAAAAAAAAAUCAGAACUGCACUCAAGCAAACCACCAAUGGUGAAGACAUUUGGCACCAAAAUCGUCAAAACUGGAGUUUCUCAUUGAAUUCUUUAUGUACAGCAUGGAGUUGCUAACAUCUCGUGAUCACACUGAAAUGGGAGCAUGCAUAGUAUUAAGAGCACUGUGGAGAUGGAGUGUGGCUGUUGCUCAGCUGCAAAGUGGAGGGUUCAGGAGGCUGUGCCAGGUCAGGCUGGCAAAGCAUUUGUUUUCUAAUUCUGCCAUUAUGCAGUAAUGAACUGGGGCCAAAAAGCAGCAGCUGCCAAUGCUACUGAAGCUGUGCUGGGCAAUGGCUGAAAAGCUACAUUGUAAAAUAAUAUAAGAAAAAUACACAAUCCCCAAACACCUGUGGCAGAUGGCCGCCCCUCCCUGAGCCAGGUUCUGCCAAAGGUUUUUUCCUGUUUAAAAGGGAGUUCCCCUUCCCGCAGUGAGCAACUGGCUUGCUCAAACAGCAUCAUCUGGCUGUUGAGGUUUUCUCCAUGUUCUUUGUAUUAUUGCAGGAUCUUUACUUUACAAAAGCAUAGUUUUAGUGAAGCCAGUCAACAGCUAGUGAGCUUUCAGCAGUGCAACAAUAGUUUUUAGCCAAAGUGUUGUGGUGUAGAAGUGUAGACACUGCUCUAAAGUUAGCAGUUAGUAUAAAACAUUUCUACAGUAAACAAUAAGAAGGGGACUUUUAGGAUAUUUGAACUAUCUUCUUUCUAAUUAUGAUUAUUUUUGUGCCGUCGAACUGUUUUCAGAUUUGAGAUCCAGAGCUGUUUGUACUUAUUAUUAUUUUUACAUCUAUUGCUUAUAUUUGAGUUAUUUUAUUAGGUUUGAAUGUUUUGCUCUUCUCUGAUGACCAUGCCUCAUUGAGUAGAAAUGAUGACUUGUGACCAAAAAGAAUCAGGAUAUGGUACCUCUGUUAAAUGCAGCUUUUUUAUUCUUUUUCUGUAAGUGAUUGCAAUAGGCUGACGACCACAGUGUUGCAGGUUAGCGAAUGUUUUCUUUACAGUGUUUUGGUUUCCUGCUUGAGGAUCUGCUUCGUUCAGCGCCCCAUACACAGCUCUCCCAUCAGGUCAUGGCAUCCUGGGCCACAAACUACACCCUGGAACCGUGAUACUAUCAGAUAAUAAAGGAACUUUGAACUGCA